ACUUUUGGCAUGUGUCAUUCUGACAUCGUUCAAAACAUUUCACCGAUUUUGUUUGCAUCGUUUUCGAAGUUACGGAACAAUAAUAAUCAAAGCGCAUUAAAAUGAUUGAGAUUACAUGCAAUGAUCGUUUGGGAAAGAAAGUCAGAGUAAAAUGUAAUCCGGACGAUACGAUUGGUGAUUUGAAGAAGUUGAUUGCCGCCCAAAUUGGUACCCACUACGACAAAAUCAUCCUGAAAAAAUGGUAUCGAAUUUUCAACGAUAACGUCACAUUGGCUGAUUAUGAAAUCCAUGACGGCAUGAAUCUGGAACUGUACUACCAAUAAGCAUUUCAAAAAAUACAAAUAAAAAAACACAACAGCAAAUAUGUCAUUUUUGGAUUAAAAGUCGAAAUAAGUGUAAAAUAAAAACUUUCAUAACAAAA